AUGCCGAUGCACCAGGGUCUCCUCCCUCGCGAGGGCCUCACGGCGGAUCCCAUCUUCUCCCUCCUCGGCCGCACAGCCCUCAACCCCAGCGUGCUGCUGCCGCUCGUGCUGCUGGCGCGCUACACCAAGAAGGGCGGCGACCUGGCCAUCCUCUACCCCACGGCCUUUGCACGCCUCAAACUCCUCCUCUACGCCUCGCUCGCCCGGUGGGCCAACGCCUGGUUGUCGGACCGCGUACUCAACAACUGGACGAGCGAUCGAUACGACUGGCGGCGCGAGAUUGUGCUCGUGACGGGCGGCGCCGGCGGCAUCGGCGGGCACAUUGUGCGCCUCUUCGCCGAGCGCGGCACGCAGGUCGUCGUGCUCGACAUCCAGCCCAUGAGCUUCUCGGCGGGGCCCAACGUAACGUACGUCCAGUGCGACCUGACGUCGACGGCGGCGGUCCGGGCGGCGGCCGACGAGGUGCGGAGGCGCGUCGGCGACCCGACGGUGCUCAUCAACAACGCGGGCGUGGCGCGCGGCAAGACGGUGCUCGAGGCGUCGGAGCGCGAUAUUCGCUUCACGUUUGACGUCAACGCGCUGGCGCACUACUGGACGACGCAGGCGUUCCUGCCGGCCAUGGUGCGGGCGAACCACGGCACCAUCGUGACCGUCGCGUCGUUUGCCGCCUUCCUCGCCGUGCCCAACAUGGUCGACUACGGCGCGUCCAAGGCGGCGGCCAUGGCGUUCCACGAGGGCCUCACGGCCGAGCUGACGACGCGCUACAAGGCGCCCCGCGUACGCACCGUGCUCGUCAACCAGGGCUACACCAAGACGGCCCUCUUCACGGGCUACAACCAGGACACGCCCUUCCUCAUGCCGGCGCUCGAGCCCGAGACGGUCGCCGAGGCCAUAGUCCGCCAGGUCCUCACGGGCCGCAGCGGUCAGGUCAUCGUGCCCGGCGCCGGCGCCAGCCUCGCCGGUCUCCGCGCCUACCCGCACUGGUGGCAGGUCAGGCUGCGGGCCCAGAGCGAGAAGCUCAUGUCGAGCUUCUCGGGGCGGCAGGUCGUCAAGGACCUCGAUAAGCACUACGACGGCAGGGACAAGGAGGCAGACGAGAGCACCGUGCUGGUGAAGUAG